UCAUAUAAUUCAUCAGAAACCCUUUCACAGCAGAAAAAGAAGACCUGUUUGUUGAUUUUUGAAGUCUGAAAAAAUUUCCAUUUUCUUCCAAAUUGAAGAAAAAAUGGCCACCAUCACUGCAAGCAACCCAACCUCACUGGUCUUGAGAGCCGGCCUUGUCCAGAGGGGUUCGGCGGGUGCCAUGCCGUCGCCUGUUCUUGGGUUGCCGGCACUUGUAAAGAAGGGUCGUGUGGUUUGUUCCAUGGAGGAGAAGCCUAAUGCAUCUAACAACUCAAGCAUGGGCAUGAGUGUAUCACUGGUGGCAGCGGCAACUGCGGCGGCUACGGCGGCUACGGCGGCGAUGUCGAGCCCGGCCAUGGCUUUGGUGGAUGAGAGAAUGAGCACAGAAGGAACAGGACUUCCCUUUGGCUUGAGCAACAACACACUUGGGUGGAUCCUGUUGGGUGUUUUUGCUCUCAUCUGGACUCUUUACAUCACUUACACUUCCUCUCUGGAUGAGGAUGAAGAAUCAGGAUUGUCUCUCUGAGUGAAAAGACCAAAAGCCUUCUUUAGAAAUCAUAUUUGGUUAGAAGGAAUGUAGAGAGC